CCAGUCUUAAAUGUAGCAUCGGUGCACGGCUACGUUUCUCCAGCGAUCUGAAGUUGUUCUCUAGCUUUUUGUGUAGUGAAACUUAUUAAUUCAGUACUUACUGAAAUAAAUUGUGAAAGAUACACGUCAGGGAGCACCAAGCAGGAAUUUUGGAUUUUUCUUGCUUUGAGGACUAUAUAAACUUUGUUUUUGUACCGGUGCCGGCGUACUAAUUGCUGUUUGCGGAGAAGAAUCCAGCAUGGUGUGAGCUCGGCCGAGGAUGCGGUGGUUCAAGAAGGGCGAGCCGCCGCGGCUGCUUGCUGUGUCGCCCGAGACAGAGCCGAGGACCGCGCGACGCUCCCGCAUUGAUAUGUCACCGGUUCGCUACGCUCAAAGAAAGAGUAGCGGGAGCUCGGUGGAAACGAAUUUCUACAAUCUCAGCGACCAGAUUAUAAUCGUCGAAAAAUCGCCACAACAAAAUCGAAGUGGUGAAACUCCAGUUACACGUCGCAUAUCACUUCAGAACGGUUCAACCUCACCGCAGGAAAGCUAUAACGCUAGUUGCAAAAACCGCGGAGCCUCUUUAGAGAAAGAGUACAUGAUAUAUCGAGAAAAGCGGAAUCCGUUACUCGAUAAAGUGAAAAAUACCAAACUGUCAUGUUUCAAAUCGAGUGGGCCCUUGCGGUACAGAGACGACGCUGCUUCAACUUCUGGAAGUGAUUGCAGUGGAUUUGGCCACAUCGAAGAAAACCAAAGUCGAUAUUGCAUUAACUAUCCAGAAACUCAUAUAGAAUUCGAGAACCAAAAUCCUUGGGUAAAAAUGUCCACUUACGAUAACGAUGUAUUUUUUCCUAAAAGUAUGACCAGUCCUAUAGAAUCUAAUUGGAGAGAAGGAAAAUCGUUUACAAACAGAGGUACUAGAUGCUAUAGCUCUGGGUCAGAAUGCGAUCGUUAUAACUAUGGAAUACCUAAAUCUGGUGCAAAAUUGUCAAAGUCCAGUGAUCAAAUUUUCAAUGAUGAUUAUGAAACUUAUGAUGCACCAAUUGCAUUGAAAUCUCAAAAAAAGACUGACAAAUUUAAGGGUAAAGAUGAAAAAGAUACCAUUGGACCAAGUUCGUGUCUUUCAGCUAAACUAAGAGCUAUGUCUGAUAGGUACUUAAAGAGUUCAAAUAAAUUCCUUUCAAAAUUAUAUAAGCAAAACGGUGAACAUGAAGAAGAAAUUAAUGGCAGCAGUGAUAACAUUUUGAAAACAGCUAGCAUUAAUAAAAGUCGAAAGAAAAGAAGUGGUGUAAAGGCAAAAUUACGCAGUUUUUCAUAUGGAGCUUUACCAGGUUUAGAUGAAUUCCAAAAAAGUCAAAAUUCUGUAUUCCACGAUGAUGUUUACCAAGUAUCAUGUGACGAUGAAAACAUAUUGUUAAAAGACUGCGAGGAUGCUGAUUCUGGUAUACUAGUCAAUGAAUCAACAGCAUCGUCAAUAUUUGACAGUGAUAGACUGUCAUCUAGAUGUGAAAGUUCAGCGUCUCAUGCUCACCCUGCACCCUGCCAUGGGAGAAGCAUAUCCGGGGAUCAAAGUUAUAUAAAACCUCGAGCAUCUGGUAGAUUGAGUAGAGAAAGAAACGAUUGUCCAAGGCCUAGACCUCGUCACAACCAAAGAGCAUUAUCAUUAGAUCGCAAAGAAAUUCUUAGGCGAAUGCCAAAGAAUAAUAUCGAAUCAGAACCUCAGUAUCUUCAACUCACGGAAAAACAAAAAAUGCGUCAACGUGAUGUAAGCUCGGGUGACACAGGUAUACCACCCAUUCCUCCCUGCAGAAAGCUUUCCAGAGACGGCAAAACAGAAAAAGUUCCAUCUGAAUUUAAAGUAGUCAGAAUUUUGAGACGAAACCCCACUGAUGAAUUGGGCAUCUUUAUAGCCAAAACAAAGCUCUCGGAUGAAGGCCAUAUCGGAUAUUUAGUGGCACACGUUGUUCCAGGUGGUCUUGCUGAAAAAGAGGGAACAUUACGAAUCGGCGAUGAAUUGGUUAAUGUUAACGGCCGCAGACUCCGUGAUCUGACAAUGAGUGAAGCAAAAGAAGCGCUAAAAUCUGGAUCAUCUGAAAUCGAUAUAGUAAUAUGUCGACAACGUGAUAAACCAGAUCCCAAAAAAAGAGAUUCUAUGCAAAAAUCUGUGACACUGAUGCGGGAGAGUUCUGUUGAUUAUGAAAACGCGAUCAUAUUGGGAAAGGAAAAACGCGUUGAUAAAUAUGACGUCAGAAUAGACCGGCGGGCGUCGCAGGACGAGCCGGCGUGUAAUCGCAGCACGCUAUCAGCUGCGGACGAGGCGAGCGACAAUGCGCCGAGCGCACACACGCAUUUCCUCAAAGGCCAGAACGCGAGUUACAGCAGCAUGAAUAACAAGCUGCUACGCCGACAAGUCGUGAGCUACGGUGGUGCCAAUAAAGACGAACUCGCUCUCAGCUGUGUUAGUGAUGUAGUAGACGUUGACGUGCCGGACUGUACCGAUCGUAUAAAAGUCAGACAUGACAGUGAUUGUGAAACGCAAAACCCAAAUACGGCAAACUUUUGUACGCUCCCGAGAAAACCGCGAGCGCCUACGCACACCUACCACACUAUUACUUUUGAGAAAGGACCUGGAAAGAAACCGCUCGGCUUCACCAUUGUGGGGGGGCGUGACUCUCCUAGAGGACCUCUCGGGAUCUUUAUAAAAAGUAUACUCCCACAAGGGCAAGCAGUCGACGAUGGACGGUUAAAAGCAGGAGACGAGGUGCUGGCGGUGAACGGGCAGGCGUGCCACGAACUAGCCCACGUGGAAGCCCUAGGGCUCUUCAAGGCAGUCAGAGCUGGCUCCAUAGAACUGAGGAUCUGCAGAAGGGUUAAGAAUUCUCAAUCAACCAAAGCAAAAUCCUGCACUGAUUUACUGAAUGACGACGAAUGAAGUACAUGUAAUGGAAUUAAAAUUAUUGUAAAUAUUGUAAUUUAUUGGAAUACGGCAUGAACUUUAAACGCAUGAAUGAUUUUUAUAAAAUUAAUGGUUAAUAAUGUACAAAUUGUUAUUGAAAUUGGGUUGAAAUGUGAUCAAUUUUUUUUUAAUCAGGCAUGUUGAUAUUGUUGGAAUUUGUAAUUCAAAUAAUGUCAAUAAAAUUUUACAACAGCUAUCCUAGAUGUACCUUACAAAUAUUUUUUUAAAAUUUAAUUUAGAUUACAUAUAAUUAUUUUUAUUCGUCAAAGGUAUAUAGUGGGAUGUUUCAUAGAGUUGUAUGUAAUACAUAAACUUGAUGUUCGUCAAUACAUUAAAGCAAGACUUUUUGUAAUUUAGUCAGGGACGUCAGAAUAAACUUGCUACAUUAUAAAUUUUAUAAUAAGUAUCUUUAAUUAGUCUUGUUCCUUCUAUGUGCCAUUUUAUUAUUCGAGCACUAUCCUGCAUCUGUCUGUUUUGUAAAGUACUAUAAUCUAUGGUCACGUUUAUAGAUUUAAGAAUAUAUGACAGUUAAGAAGCGUUUAGAUUGGGAUCUAUUGGCGAGUUGAAGGAAUAUUGGAUCCUAUAAACUAUUUCAUAGUAGAAUAAAAUACCGAUUUUAUAAUAAUAAUCCGAUCAUUUUCUAAGCUCAUACAGAAAAUCCUGUCCUUAAGUUGUACCUGAAAUUUAUUUUUAUUAAUUCUUUAUAGUGGUGGUAGAGUGUGAAUUUUUCUAAUAAAAUAAUUAUAAAAUUCUGAUUGGGAUAUAAAAAUUAUUUACAUAAUUUAGGAAUUUCAUUGCACGUUUACUAUAUUCCAAUUUCCAUUCGCAAUAGUGUGACACCUACUAUUUUAGUACGCUGUAGACAGUAAAAUACAUAAUUUUCAUAAUUAUACGCUUGAAAAAACGGUGUAAUGGAAUUUCGUUAUCUAUCGGAGAUCUACGAUAGGUUAUAAACCUUGGGCUCCGACGCUCAACAGCUGAAAAGGAACCGGGAAAACGCUCAGAUGAGAGAGUAAAAGUACUUAGUCAUAGUGACUUAUUGUGGCCUCUGAUUAUUGAGGUCUAAUUUUGUAAAGCUCAAAUUUGGAAUAAAUAUUUCUUUACCUAAACUGAUAAAUUAUUCCAAAGAUAAGAAUUAGGUAUUUGUGUAUCGUAAGGAAUUCUUCAGAUACCUUUCUCAAUAACUGAGAUAACGUAUUUAGGAGAUUACGGGAAAAAAUAUUAAUAAUGAUAUGAAUUAUAUUUUAUAAUGUAAGUUUAUUCCUUUUUAGGACUUUUGUUUGAUAUGGAACAUAUAAUUAUCUCAUAGAGAUAUGUUAUUUUUAUGCAAUUAUAAAAAUCAAAUAUAGUAAAUUCUGUUUUAGAACAUUCUUAUAAAAAUUCAAAAACUCUAUUAGCACAUACUAUUUCAUGUAUCACUGUAUCUAAGUAAUUAUAUAUUAGAAAUUAUGUCCUUUUUGUGCAAUAAAUUUGUUAAAUGCAGUAUACAGGGUGAUUUCUUAUACAUGGGCAUUAUUUUAUCUAAAUACUCAGUCGAUGGUACUGAACAACUUUUCGAAUAGAGGAAAACCUUGAAAUCGCGAAAAAGAAAUCAACUGCGUUCCAUAAAUUUUCCACAACUUAGGUUUUUUUUUGUAUACAACAGCUGACUUCUUUCUUUCGCGAUUUCGGAGUUACUCCCAUACUAAAAGUUGUUCAGAAUCAUGGACUGAGCAUGUAGACAAAAUAUAGCCAACGUAUAAAAAGUCACCUGUAUAUAGGUAUGUUGUAAUAAAAUUUGAAUUUGUGAUUUGGCUACUGUAGAUUAAAUGAUUAAAUACAAGGAGAAAAUUAAUCAAUUCGUGCAUGGGUUUACACAAAUAAAUAUUAUAUGGAAAAAUGUUCCAGUGAAAAUUAUGUCUUACAUUUAUAUCUUGAAAAUUAUAAUUGUUUGCACCAAAUAGCAUAUGAACCGAAUAUAAAUGUUACCUAAAAUUUGUUAUGUUAUAUAUUUUAGGUAUAAUUUAUAUACUGUAUUAAUUACUUAAAAUUGAUUCUCAGAUCUAUCUGUCAAUUAACUGACUGGGUAGCAAUCAACAAAGGAUAGGUAGGAUGCAAAAUAUAUUUGGCAUUGUACCUGGUUGCCCCUAUUAUACGUAUACGUUACCCAUUUUAUGUAACUUUUCAGGUUGGACUUUAGUUACUUUAUAUAUAAGUAUAUUCUUCAAAAAUUACAAAUUUAACCGAUUUCGGUAUCUACUGCCAUUCUACUGCAUUCAAAUAUUCGAGAAUGUUUCGAAGCUUAGGUAAAUGAUAGAUUGACAAAAUAAAAUGUAGACUUGUAGAUAUAGGUUGCAUCAUACAUAUCAAAUUGUAGCUACACUAUGAUAAUUACUUUCAUUAUUGUUCAAAAUAAACUAUUAAAAUUAAA